CGUGACGGACGUUGUAUUACACUGGUCGCCGUUUUCCACGUGCAGGCGACCAUUUUCGAUGUGUCGUUUAUUUUCUUUGUUUUGAUCGCGUGUGAUUCGGUGCACAACGUACAGUGUGAAUCUGGAGUGACAGUGAAAAGCCGGGAAUCUCGUUCGGUUGUUUAUCGUUCGCCGCGUAUACCCUCGCGUGAGUUCAGUGUCACUGCACGUAACGAGCGUUUGUGAGACUCGGACGGUGUUCAGUCGAGUCUACGAUAUCUUUUUCAACUACCUUCAUUUGGAUUACCUGAAUCGGAAGCACCGAACCGCGGGAAUUGUGCAGGAAAAGGGGAACCGGAUCGGAGCAGCUCGACAUCACAAAAAAAGGUUCUUUCGGUGGUCCUGUACGAGCAACAAGGACGGACAGCUCGUGCAGCGGAGCGUCGUGUCCCUCGUGGUGUCGGGGAAACGACCGAUUGAUAUCUCAAAAAUCACUGACGAUGAGCUAGCGACACGAUGAGGAGGAUGAAGCAGCGCGCGCUGCUCGCCUGGCCAUGGUUGUGGCUGUGGCUGUUCGCGGCCACAGCGGGUUCCCCGUCUUCCGACACAUUCGUCUCGAGCACAUUUUCCUCGUCAGCCAUCAGUAGCUCGGUCACCAGACCGUCCUUGUCCUCGGCGAUUCCAACAUCCACGUCCGCCUCGUUCACCGAAGACUUUGCCCUGCCGCUCGAUCAGGAGUUCCGUUUCACUCAGCCGCUCUACAAUGUCUCGAUCCCGGAGAACUCGAUCGGGAAGACGUACGUGGUGCCCGAGGAGAGGAUGGGCAUCAAACUAGCGUCCCCGGACACUAAUUUCGACGUCCGCUUCCGUAUUAUGAGCGGCGAUCGCGACAAAUUCUUCAAAGCGGAAGAGCGCACCGUCGGUGACUUUUGUUUCCUAUUGAUUCGGACUCGAACCGGUAACGUGGACGUGUUGAACCGCGAACGAAAGGAUCGUUACGUGCUGGAAGUGCGCGCCACCGCGUCCAAAGGUGAAGGCAAAAACCGAGUGACCAUCCUGGAGGCGGACACGACGAUCGUGGUGACGGUGUUGGACACCAACGAUCUGAACCCUUUGUUUUAUCCGACCGAGUACGAGGGGACCAUAAGCGAGGACACGCCUCUGCACCGCAGCAUACUCAGGGUAAUGGCAGAGGACGCCGAUCUCGGCAGAAACGGCGAGAUUUAUUACAGCUUUGCCGAGGAGACCGAUCAGUUUGCCGUUCACCCGGUCAGUGGGGUAAUAACGCUCACCAGGCCGCUCAGAUAUUCGGAACGAGCGAUCCACGAGCUGGUGGUGCUAGCGAAGGAUCGAGGAGCCAUGUUUCGCAGCGGGGGCGGCAGCAGAGCCAGCACCGCUAAGGUAACCAUCAAAGUGCGGCAAGUAAAUUUACACGCGCCCGAAAUCUACGUGCACCACUUGCCCGACAUCGUGGAACACUCGAACGCGGACAUCUACGCGAUCGUACGAGUGGUCGACAAAGACGAGGGUGUUCACGGUGAAAUCGCGAGCCUGGAUAUCGUAGGCGGCGACCCGGCUGGCCACUUCAGAGUGCGACCAGCCGGUGGCCCGCACUCCGGCGAGUACAACAUCGAGGUGUUGCACCUGCUCGACCGAGAAACCGCGGUGCAGGGUUACAAUUUAACGUUGCGCGCGAUGGACCGUGGCGUGCCGCAACGAUUCAGCUACAAAUUCGUGCCCGUCCAUCUGGCCGAUUUGAACGACAACGCGCCGGUGUUUAGCCGCGAGAUCUACGAGGUGAAGGUCCCCGAAACCGCGCCCAUCAACACGCCUGUGAUAAGACUGAAAGUGACCGACGCGGACGAGGGGAAGAACGCGUUGGUGUUCCUGGAGAUCGUGGGCGGUAACGAGGGAGGCGAGUUCUACGUGAACGCGGAGACUGGUAUGCUGUACACAGCGAUGAAUCUGGACGCGGAGAAGAAAGCGUUCUACACGUUGACGGUGUCGGCGGUCGAUCAAGGGAACGCGGGUACCAGGAAGCAAUCGUCCGCUAAGGUGAAGAUCAACGUUGUAGACACGAACGACAACGACCCGACGUUCGAACAGUCGGAGAUGGAGGUGUGGAUCGACGAGAACGAACCAGCCGGCACCUCGGUCGUCAAGAUCACCGCGAAGGAUCGUGACUCAGGUGAGAACGCUUACAUCUCGUACAGCAUCGACAAUAUUCAGAAGGUGCCGUUCGAGAUCGACCAUUUCUCGGGUAUCGUGAGGACCAAGCAGGUGCUCGACUACGAGACCAUGAAGAGGGAGUAUUUGCUACGAGUACGGGUCGGCGACUGGGGCUUGCCUUACCGACGCCAAGCGGAGAUGCGUUUGCACGUAAAGGUGCGCGACAUAAACGAUAACAGGCCGCAAUUCGAACGGAUCGAAUGCACCGGCCACGUGCCGAGAUACGUGCCCAUCGGUUCCGAGAUCAUCACCGUGUCCGCCAUCGAUUUCGACGCCGGCAACAUCAUCAGUUAUCGCAUUGUCUCUGGAAACGAGGACGGCUGCUUCGCCCUGGACUCGGCCAGCGGUGUAUUAUCCGUCGCCUGCGAUUUGUCCGACGUUAAAGUUACAGACAGAGUGGUGAACGUCACCGCGACGGACGGCUCGCAUUUCGCGGACGUGAAUCCUGUACACAUGCAUCUGGUGAACGCGAAACGGAACCUAGGUUCCCAGGGAAGGAUCCUGACGGAUCAGAGCGGCGCGUUCGAGUGUCGUGACACCGGAGUCGCCCGACGACUGACAGAGGCCAUCGCCGCGGCGGAACGGAACAACGUGCCCUCGAAGGGCGACGAGUACGCGUUGACGCCUAGCAGAUACGGCGAGAACGUGCACGCACCCGAGUUCAUCGAUUUUCCCAACGAAAUCAAGGUCAACGAAUCCGUGAAGAUAGGUACCACCUUGGUGAAGAUACGAGCAAGAGACAAAGACCUAGACUACAACGGGAAGCUAGUGUUCUGUAUAUCGAGCGGUGAUCGCGAUUCGGUGUUCGGCAUCGAUCCCGAUACCGGCAAGCUAAACGUGAUCGGUUAUUUAGACAGAGAAAGGGAGAACGAGUAUUUCUUGAACAUCAGCGUGUACGAUCUGGGCAAACCUCAGAAAUCCGCGUCGAGAAUGCUGCCGGUAACGAUUCUCGACGUGAACGAUAACGCGCCUAAAUUCGAAAAAUCCUUGGCAAGCUUUCGUAUCUCCGAGACAGCUCUGAACGGCACUAACGUAUGGCGUGCAAACGCUACCGACGCGGAUCUCGGGGAGAACGCGCGUGUCACUUACUCUCUGGUAACAGAGACCAACGAUUUCCGGGUGGAUCCCUUGACGGGUGUGCUGAGCGUUUUCGGCAGAUUGGAUAGGGAACGUCAAGAGAUCUACGAGCUGAGAAUACGGGCGCAAGAUAACGGCGGCAAAGGCACGGACACGCCUCCAUUGUACUCGGACGCUUUGGUCAGGGUGACGGUAGACGACGUGAACGACAAUGCGCCCACUUUCGCCUUGUCCAGCUAUACGGUGAAGAUCCGAGAGGACGUGCCGAUUUGGACGGUCGUAGCGGUUGUCGACGCGACCGAUCCGGACGAAGGCGCCGGCGGCGACGUCGAGUACUUCCUAUCCGACGCGAUGGAGAGCGAGGGUUUCUUCAAAGUCGAUAAAGUGUCCGGCACGAUCAGAACUGUGCAGAGUUUGGACUUCGAGGAGCGCCAGGUGCAUACUUUGACCAUAGUGGCGAAAGACAGGGGCGAACCGUCUCUCUCCUCCGAAACGAUGGUCAUCAUCGAAGUGGUCGACGUGAACGAGAACCUACAUGCACCGGUUUUCGACGACUUCGUCGUGUCCGCGAGUGUGUUCGAGAAUCAACCGAUCGGAACUCUGGUGACGACUGUUCGUGCGAAAGACGCGGAUCCCCUUGGCGGAGACUCCAGAAUAGGAUACACCAUUCGAGGCGGGGACGGGAUCGGGAUCUUCUCCAUCGAUAAUGAAGGCAAUAUAAAGACCAAGGCUGUGCUGGAUGUGGAAUCAAAGAGAGGAUAUUGGUUGACGGUGUACGCGCAGGAUCAUGGUGUCGUCCCUCUGAGCUCGAGCUUACAGGUGUACGUGGAGGUGCUGGAUGAGAACGACAACACCCCGUUGACCGAGGUUCCGGUUUAUUAUCCGUCCGUUCCGGAGAAUUCUCCGGCAGGUGUGAGCGUCCUGCAGAUCCGGGCGUUCGAUCGCGACGUCUCGCCCCAACAAUUCACCUUUUCCAUCACGAGUGGCAAUCCAGAGGGUUAUUUUCUCAUCAACUCCACCACCGGUUUGAUCACGACCAGUGGCCGGAAACUCGAUCGAGAAAAUCAGGCGGAACACGUUCUCGAGGUGACAGUAAGGGACGACGGAAGGCCUUCGCUGUCGUCGACGACUCGCGUAGUGAUCUCUGUGGCGGAUAUAAACGACCAUGGACCAGAAUUUGAGCAAAAAUUCUACACCGUUCAAAUCCCUGCCUCUCCGUCGACCGACAAACCCUUAUUCCAGAAAUCGAGGAACCGAUCGCGGGAGUUCGACCUUUCGAUCGAUACGUUACUAGAGAAUGGAACAUGGGAGACAUUUAGCCCCGACAGCUUGUCAGGAGAUCGUAUAUUCAGGGUACUCGCGAACGAUAAAGACGUCGGUGAUAAUGGAAAAAUCCAGUAUAGCAUCAAGGGUGGUCGAGGCAAGGGCAAGUUUAAGAUUCACCCCACUACUGGCAUGGUGUACUCUCAACGGGGCUUUGAAGCUGGACAAGAAUACGAAAUGAUGAUAAGAGCCGCGGAUAGCGGGGAACCACAGCGCAGUCAUCAAACACGAGUAUCCGUGCAAGUUGUCGAGGUACCAAAGGAAUCCGAGAAUCCACCGGUCUUCAAGACGAAUAAUCAAAGAGUCGAGGUCACAGAAAGCGACGAGGUUGGUUUCCUCGUGGCAUUAAUGCAAGCUUCGGACAAGGACGGUGAUUCCCUGUGGUACGAUAUCCUCGACGGCGACAAGCGGGACGAAUUCUUCAUCGGCCGCGACAACGGGAACGUGUUACUCGCGAAAAAGCUCGACUGGGAGACCCAGAACUUCUACAAUCUCACGAUCGGCGUGACGGAUAGCGUGCACACCGCUGUGACGCAGCUGCUGGUCACGGUGAUCGAUAUCAACGAUCACAGGCCGGAGUUCACGGAGACCACGUAUCGGGUGGACAUCUCGGAGAACGUGGAGAAGGGCGAGAUGAUCCUGCAAUUGCACGCGACCGACGAGGACGAGGACAAGAAAGUGUUCUAUAGUUUGCACGCAGCCCAGAAUCAGGCUUCCCUUGAAAUAUUUCACGUGGACUCGGUGACGGGGUCCAUAACGCUGAACGAGGUCCUGGAUCGAGAGACGAUCGAGGAGCACGUGUUGACGGUGAUGGUGAAGGACCAAGGAACACCGGCGAAACGAAACUACGCCCGUGUGAUCGUCACCGUGCACGAUCACAACGAUCAUGCUCCAGAGUUCAUCAGCGAGAUCAUUCAAGGAAAGGUGUUCGAAACGUCACCGAUCGGCGCUGCGGUGGUGCAGGUCUGGGCUAUCGACAGGGACAGAGGAGACAAUGCGAAAAUCACGUACACGAUCACUUCCGGCAACGUAGGUAACAUGUUCUCGAUAGAUCCUGAACUGGGUGUGAUUCGCGUGGCUCGUGAGCUCGAUUUGAGCGUCUCUUCUGAGUACAUAUUGCUGGUGAAGGCUACGGACCAUGGUUCUCCAGCUUUGGCUAACACAGUCCCGGUACACGUGAUGGUCACAAUGGCUGACAACGCUCCACCUCGAUUCAUACAGAAAGAAUUGUCCGCCGAGAUCUACGAGAACCAACAGCUCGGUACCUACGUGAAGCACGUGGAAGCCAGAAGCACGUCCUCGUUGCAAUUCGAAAUCGUCGAUGGUAACAAGGACGACACGUUCUUCGUGAACCCUAGCACCGGUAUCAUAGUGAUCAAGAACGAACUGGAUUACGAGAAGACGAAGUUUUACAAUUUGACGGUGGCUGCGACGAACAUGGCCGGCGCCAAAGCGCAUUGCAACGUGAUCGUUCAUGUUCUGGAUAGAAACGACAAUGCUCCACGGUUUCUACAGGCUACUUAUACCGGUGAAAUAAGCGAAGGUGCCAGUAUAGGCUCGCUCGUGUUAACCAACACCAGCACGCCGUUGGUCAUCAAAGCGGAGGAUGCUGACUCGGAGUUGAACGCUUUGUUGAACUACGAUAUCGUGGAGGAUCUGCCGCGGAAAUACUUCCAUAUUGACUCGAGCACAGGCGCCAUUAGGACCGUAAUGGUAUUGGAUCAUGAGAGCAUACCGAAGUUCACGUUCCACGUUAAGGUGUCCGAUCUUGGUAAACCGAAGCUGUCCUCCGAGACCACCGCGAAAGUGAUGAUAGUCGUAACGGACGUGAACGAUUGCCCGCCAAAGUUCCUCGAGAACGACUACAACACCACCCUGCUGUUACCCACGUACAAGAACGUCGCGGUUGUACGUGUGAACGCGGUGGACCCGGAUAGUUCCGAGGGAGUCGCGCUCAGGUACGACAUCAUCGAUGGCAACAAGGGACACACGUUCGACAUAGACGCGCAAACCGGUGUCAUCACGGUCUUCAAUCCCGAACGCAUUAAGAAGAAUUAUCUGCUUCGUGUCCGGGUAUCGGAUGGAAAAUAUUCGAGCGUCACCCAGGUGAACGUGGCAGUCGAGAAAUCGGAGAACUCGGGGCUGGUGUUCCAGAAGGAGGUUUACGAAGGAUCCAUCCCGGAGAACUCGACGAGGAUCACUACCGUCGCGGUCGUCAACGUCCUCGGCAGCGCCCUCAACGAACACAUUGUCUUCAGCAUCCUAAACCCUACGGACAUGUUUGUAAUUGGACCCACGUCCGGCGCGAUUCGAACGACGGGGAUUAGAUUCGAUCGCGAGGUUUGCGACCAUUACGAGCUGAUCGUGGAGGCGAAGAGCCAAAUGCCGGACAGGGAGAAGCCGAGGGUUGCUCACGUGAUCGUGAACGUUACGAUACUGGACAUCAAUGACAAUUGCCCGAUGUUCGUCAAUCUGCCCUACUAUGCCGUCGUCUCGGUCGAUGCACAGAAGGGUGACGUGAUUACGAAGGUACAUGCGAUAGACAUGGACAGCGGUGACAACGGGGAAGUCAGAUACGAACUGAAGAAAGGCCACGGGGAAUUGUUCAAAGUUUGCCGAAAGACGGGUGAAAUAUCGUUGAAACAAAAUUUAGAGGGACACAAUCGUGAAUACCAGCUGACCAUCGCUGCGUACGAUGGUGGCAACACACCUUGCUCGAUCGAGGUUCCGGUCAACGUAAAAGUGAUAGAUCGUUCUAUGCCAGUAUUUGACAAGCAAUUUUACACGGACAGCGUGCUGGAAAGUAUCGAGAUUCACUCGCCCCUCGCUUUAUCCAUCCAGGCUGAGUCACCGUUGAAUCGGAAACUAAUAUACAGCAUCACGAAAGGCAACGAUUUCGAGGAAUUCGCUCUAGAUUUUAACACAGCCCCCGACAGUAACAAUGGCCCUUGUGUAAUCUAUGUGGUGGAUGAGCUGGAUUAUGAGCAGAAGAAGCAGUACGAGCUGACGGUGCGAGCUACGGACAGCGUGUCCGGUGUGUACGCUGAGGUGCUCGUUAGUAUCCUGGUGCUGGACGUGAACGACUGUCCGCCUGAAUUCACUCAGGACUCGUACAACAUAUCGGUCUCGGAAGCGGCUCCGUUCGGCACAUCGGUGUUAAAAGUCAGCUCGAGAGAUAACGACACAGGCAUAAACCAGCAAGUACGUUACGCGAUUCAAAACGACACAGAGAACAGCAGCGAGCUGUUUCACAUCGAUCCCGAGGAGGGUGUGAUAUUUCUGAAGAGGUCGUUGGACCACGAAUCUCACGAGUCGCACCACUUCACGGUGAUCGCGAUCGAUCGCGGUGUACCGAGUCUCUCGAGCACCGCUCACGUCUGGGUGACGGUCAUCGACAUGAACGACAAUCCGCCCAAGUUCGAGCAGCCUUCGUACACGUGCUCGUUGUCCGAACACGCGGAACGGGGUCAAUUCGUGACAGUGGUCUCAGCCAGCGAUCCGGAUUACGUGGACGAGAAGCUUACCUAUACGAUCGUCGGGGGAAACGAGCAGCAAACGUACAAUAUCGAUCCGUCGACUGGUAUCAUUUCCUUGAUAAACAUGCAGAACUUUGGCGAGAAGAAAUUGACGAUGUUGAACGUUUCCGUUACCGACAACGUGUACACCAGUUUCGCGCGAGUCAAGAUAGAGAUACUGCCAGCCAACAGGCACAAUCCUAAGUUUCCGAAUCCCGUGGUCGAAGUGACGGUCUUGGAGAAUCAGCUACCAGGAAGACUGGUGACCAGCGUGAUCGCGAGCGACGAGGAUUUCGGCGAAUACGGCACGGUGAUCUACACGAUAGCCUCCGAUCUGAUGAAGGAGAUCUUCGAUAUAAACAGACUGACCGGUGAGAUCGUGACGAGGAAGAAACUGGACCGUGAAGAACAGAAAUUGUACGAGAUACCAGUGAUGGCUACGGACGGGGGUGGUAGGUCGGGCUUCGUGAUGGUCAGGGUGAAGGUUGGAGACGAGAACGAUAAUUCACCGGUGUUCCUUCUGAGAGAGUACAAGGCUAGCAUACACGGUAAUCUAACCGUGAACACACCGUUCCUGAAAGUGAAGGCUCAGGAUGCUGACGAGGACGAUGCUGCGAGGAUCGUUUACUCGAUAUACGAUCUACAGUCAUCGGAGGCGAAGGCACUGUUCGGUAUCAAUCCUGACACUGGGGCGCUGUUCCUUCAAAAGAGCGCGAUACCAUGGGAAAAUCAAUUGUUCGAGCUGUUCAUCCGUGCGGAGGACAAAGGAGCCACGACUCACCACGCUGACGUACCUCUCAGCGUUUAUAUAAUGGGACCCCAAGAUAUUCCGCCCCUUUUCGAGCGCAAAGAGGACAAGUUCUUCAUAUCCGAAGCGUCUGCAAUCGGUACACCGAUAACAAGACUGAGAACCGUAACAAAUACCACGGUGACUUAUAGAAUAGUAUCCGGGGACGAGGACUCGCCGCAUUUCAUGGUCGAUUCUCACGGUCAAGUCACGUUGGUCAAACCACUGGAUCGAGAAACGAAAGAUAACCAUCUGAUAGGAGUUCUCGCUGAAACGGACUCGAGUCCUCUCUUAACGGCUCUCGCCGAGAUAUCUCUGCAAGUGUUGGACGAGAACGAUCACGCCCCUGAAUUCGAGAGCAACCCUUACGGUAUCAUUUUAGCGGAGAACAUCGAAGAAGGAACGUCGAUUUUGAAGAUCAUCGCUCACGAUGACGAUUUAGGGAGCAACGGAGAGGUGCGAUAUUCUUUCGGCUCGGAUAUAGGCGAGUUAGCGAAUGUCUUCACGAUAGACGCUUAUACCGGAUGGAUAUCGACGCUGGUUCAACUCGACAAGGAAAAGCAGCCGGAGUAUAAAUUUCAGGUGGUCGCGACAGAUAACGGAAAUCCGAAACACUUCGCGAGGACUUCUGUGCACGUUAAAUUGAAGGAUUACAACGAUAAUCCUCCAGCGUUCGUGGACGAUCGUUACGAGGCUACAGUGAACGAAGAUGCUCUGCCAGGCACCGUGGUGGUUAAGUUGAUCACCGUGGACAAGGAUUCCGACGUAAACACACCGAUAGAAUUCUACAUAACAUCCGGCGACUCGAGAUCGCAGUUCCAGAUUAGAUCAACCGGCGAGGUGUACGUAGCGAAGGCGCUCGACCGGGAGACGAUCGAUCGUUACGAGCUCGAAAUAGUCGGGACCGAUGGCAAAUACGUCUUCAAGACUCGAGUAACGGUGCAAGUGUUGGAUGUGAACGACAAUCCACCUUAUUGCCUCAGGUAUCGUUACAGGGAGAUCCUGUCCGAAGGUUCGCAUCCGGGCACUUACGUGCUCACCGUCCUGGCGACCGAUUACGACGACGAACCGAACGCCAAGCUGCGUUUCUAUCUAACCGGCGAUAACAACGACAAAUUCUCUCUGGACAAGGAGACCGGCGUUCUGAAAACGGUCGGCCAGCUGGAUCGAGAGACUCAGGCUAAAUACUCGCUCACGGCACACGUUCAGGACAGGGACAAACCAUCCUGGGAAUGCUCCUCUCAGCUAGAAAUACUGAUUUCCGAUCUGAACGAUAACCCACCGAAAUUCACCAUGCAAACGUACAGCGCCACACUGCCGGAGGACGUUGAAGUCGGCACUUUGGUGACCAAGGUACACGCCACGGACGAUGACAUAGGCAUUAAUCGCAAGAUCAGAUACGAGUUCAUCGAUUCGGCCGAUGGCCAGUUCCUCAUAGCAGCGGACAGCGGCAUCGUAACCCUUGGCAAAUCGCUGGACAGAGAAACGAAGGCCAUGUAUAACGUAACCAUCCAGGCGCUGGAUCAAGGAACACCCCAGCUCACCAGCGUGACAUCGCUGAUCGUAAACGUGCAGGAUAUCAAUGACAAUCCGCCGGAAUUCGCGUCCAAGGUUUACUUUUCCAAGGUGCCUGAGAUCUAUGCUGUUGGCACGGAAGUGGCUAGAGUUCUUGCCACUUCGAAAGACACCGGGGUCAAUGCAGAUGUGUAUUAUUCGAUCGUCGGUGGAAACGAGCAUAAGAAGUUCCAGAUAGACGCGCGAUCCGGUGUCAUCACCAUCGCGGAACAGUUGGAUUACGAGCGUGCCCGUGACUAUUUCUUGACCAUUCAAGCUGUCGACGGUGGUAUACCACCGUUGAGUAAUCAUGCGACGGUGAACAUCACUGUGAUAGACAGCAACGACAAUGCGCCGAUUUUCAGCGAGGUUUCGUACAGGGCUUCCGUAAGAGAGGACGCGAAGAUCGGAGAAAAAGUCACGCAGGUAUUCGCGAACGAUUUGGACAGCGAAGAAAACGGAAACGUGUCGUAUUACGUAGAAAGAGGAGACAGACAAAAACAGUUUUCGAUCGAUCAGAAAACAGGACAAAUUACCGUCGCUGCUCCGCUAGAUCGAGAAGAAAUUGCUAAUUACGUGUUAGAAGUUCAUGGCCGCGAUAGUGGCAUACCGAUGCUCUCCAGUUUCGUGAUGGUAAACAUCGAGGUCCUAGAUGCAAAUGACAAUCCACCGCUGUUCUCACUUUCGAAUUACACCGCGGUGGUGCAAGAGGACAAGCCUCUGGGUCACACGGUGCUUCAGUUCGUAGUCACCGAUGCGGAUAUCGAGCCGAACGCUGAUCCGUACACUUUCGACUUCCGGUCUGGAAACGAGGGCGACGCUUUCAGAUUGGAACAGGACGGUACACUGCGAACCGCAACCAAGUUCAACAACCGAGUGAAAGACAAAUACGUGUUGCAUAUACGUGUAUUCGACAACGGAAGUCCGCCUCUCUACUCCGACGCGUGGGUUACGAUCAAGGUAAUCGAGGAGUCUCAGUAUCCUCCGGUGAUCACUCCGCUCGAGGUAAUUAUUAACUCCUACAUGGACGAGUAUCCUGGUGGAAUCAUUGGAAAAGUUCACGCGACCGAUCAAGAUCAAUACGACACCCUAAUGUACAGUUUGGUUUCGUCGUCUCCGAUACCGAACGAUCUCUUCAAAAUCGACAAGAUAGACGGCACUCUGGUGGCACUUCCGCGACUCGACGUCGGCGAGUACAGGGUGAACGUGACCGUGACCGACGGUAAAUUUCAUUCUUAUUCUCUGGUAAAAGUAAACGUCGAUCUGAUCACCGAGAAGAUGUUGGAGAACUCUGUGAUAGUCCGAUUCAGAGAGGUCAGCCCGGAGGAUUUCAUGCUGAGCCACCGUAAAGGAUUCGUCAGGACAUUGCGCAACGCUAUGAACUGCAGACCAAAGGACAUCGUGAUCAUCAGCGUUCAACCAUCCUCCGACGAAGCGAACUUGAUCAAAUCCCGAGCAAUUCGUCAAGCCGUGCACAACGACCUGGACCUGUUGUUUGCGGUGAAGAAGAGCGGAACCGCUUUGGCUUCGCCGACCUUCUAUGUCUCGGAGAGUAUACGAGAGGCGUUGAAUCAACGGAUAGAGGAACUCGAGGAAUCAACUAAAUUAGUCGUCGAAGAGAUCGUCAGGUUCAAAUGCAACAAAGGCUAUUGCGUUUACGGAGACUGUCAGGAUAAAAUCGUGCUCGACCUGACACAGAUAACACCCGUGGCUACCGACGUGAUGAGCUUCGUGUCGCCACGACACAAACACAAGAUGGAGUGUAAUUGUAAGGAGGGUUACGCUGGUAACCAUUGCGAGAUGGUGGUCAACGAGUGUGCCAGAGACCCCUGUCCGUUGUUCAAAGUCUGCGUUCCUGAUUCUUCGGUUCAAGGAUAUUCCUGUCAGUGUCCCGAAGGGUUCGCAGGUCAAACCUGCGAUAUAGACAUCUCGAAAUGUCACGACGAAUCCUGUUACAUACCACGAAAUCCGAUAUCCUUCAGCGGGAAAAGUUACGCUCGUUACAGGAUCGACAAAGCCCUGAUCAGACAGACGAUCGAGGAUCGUCUAAGCUUAUCUCUGAGGAUCAGGACGGUUCAGUUGACCGGAAAUCUAAUGUACGCCGCGGGCAAAGUCGAUUACAAUAUUCUGGAAGUUGUUAACGGUGUUGUCCAGUACAAGUUCGAUCUGGGAAGCGGAGAAGGUUUGGUUCGAGUGAGCAGCGUGUACGUAAGCGACGGACAGUGGCACGAGAUCCAGCUGGAACGGGAGAGCAACAGUGCCAGGUUGACUGUGGACGGAAAACACGUGGCUCAUGGUUCAGCCCCUGGUAUCAAUGAUAUCUUAAACCUACAAUCGGACGAUCUCUAUUUGGGCGCUGAAGUCAGACAACAUCCGUCGAUUCUCGGCUUCGAGGACGUUCAGCGUGGUUUUAUCGGCUGCAUGGACGACGUCAGGAUCGCCAGGGUGUCCGUACCUCUGCACAUGAGCGGUGCCAGUAGCGUGGCUGUCUUGAAACGCUUUGCGAACGUCGAAUUCAGUUGCGAUGCCACAACGGUUCUUGUACCUCCAGGAAUCUGCGGUUCGCAGCCUUGUCAAAAUGGUGGCACCUGCAAAGAUUCUGGAGGCGACACUUACGAGUGCCAGUGUCACAGCAGAUUCGCGGGGCUAGCUUGCGAGAUCGACACCGAUCCCUGCGCAUCUUCGCCCUGUCUUUACGGUGGUCGUUGCAAGAUCGUGCCAGAAGGGGGUGACUACUCCUGCGAUUGCGUUGGGCCGAGUCUCAGUGGCAAACGUUGCGAGUUUGGAAGGUAUUGCAGUCCAAACCCGUGCAUCCAUGGCGGUGUGUGCGAAGAGGGCAACAACGGACCGAUAUGCAAAUGUCAAGGGUUUAUGGGCGAUCGUUGCGAGACCGACGUGAACGAAUGCGACACCAAUCCGUGCACCAAUGGGGGCACUUGCGUCAACGAGAUCGGAACGUACAGAUGCGUCUGUCCACCAAAUAUGACCGGCUUGAACUGCGGCAAUCCUGCGUAUUCAACGCCGAUUAUAUCAAGCCACUUCAACAUCACCUGGGAACAAUUAAUGUGGAUCGGCGUCGCGGUGAUCUUGAACGUCUUCCUGAUCAUCAUAUUCCUCGCGUUCCGACGCAUCAGGAUGAAACGCACCAGGGCGCGUGCGAACAACAUCAACAACGAGACCAGGAAGCAGAUCGUCCUAAACUCGGCACGACCUCACGAGCACGAGUUCAAACGCAGCUCGAAAUUGAGUAACCUGGAAGUGAUACAGAGAGAACCUCCCCAAUGCCCACCUCGCCCUGCAUCCUACACUCCUAGCUCGAACAACGAGCCGGCACCUUACAGUAACUCGGCGGCUGUUGCUCUGAAUAAUUUAGACACCUUGCGAAGCUACGGUAGCGCCGGUGACGAGCUGGAAAAUUUUCCGCCAGAUUAUUUGAGAAAUCUGAAUCGUACCACUCCCGUACCACCUCCGUCCUUAACCCUCGCUAACCCAGUCGGCGGAAACGCUACAGGCAGCGACACGGAUAGCCUUCAUAAGCCGAGCUGGCAAGAACAGAUGCAACUAGCCUCCUUCAUCACCGACACGACCAAGAUAAAGAAUGACCUGAAACGAGCGAGCCCAGUGGUACCAGAGCUGACCACUGGAGGACUUCUACUAAAUUCUUCUCGACGUGUGCCUCAUGGAGGUGGGACCUCCGUUGCCUCCAUGACGUCCAUCGAGGAUGAUCCUCGUAUUGUCGGUGGGUAUCACUGGGACUGUUCAGACUGGGUCAGGCCAAGUCAAAACCCCUUGCCUAAUAUCACGGAGGUGCCUGGAAGCGAAGUACCAGACUCGUCCAGUUUCCACAGCAACGAGAGUAACGAAUCAAACACUCAUCAGUUACCGUCAGUGCACGGCUCUGUAGAUCCAACGAGGGACAUCGAGACGUUGAACGAAGACCAGGAAUCGGAAUACGUCGGUGAUUCGGAAUGCGGUACCGAGUUUUCCGAGCAGUAUCAGUGCGCUGAAACGCAGCGUCUGAAUCCUCUGGACAGCGGUGGCGAGGGUGAAUACAAAUACAAAGGUUCCGAAAGUUAUCUCCGUCAUCCGAACUCUUACCUGCCGCAUUAUAAUAUUCACACGGACACGGAGAACGAAACGAAUCCGUUGAACGGACGUCUUAGCACUCUAGAAUCCGACGAGGAGGAAGAUGAUGUAGUGCCUUAUGGUUUCCCAAGCAGCCGACGGAAUCGAUGCCACAAGGGGGACGAAGCGGAUGAAAUCGGUUCGGUGAUCACCACCCUCGAAGAAAGAAAUUCUUUGUUAGGUGGUGCCACGAGUAACAGCGAUUUGUCCACAAAUCUCUGCGAAAUAGACGAUUCAGAAUACGAGAUUGCCGAUCAGAAGAGUAACGGCCGGCUGUGGUUGUCGGGAAACGGUAUCACGCAAACCUCGGUGUGACAAAGAGUGGUGCCACUACUUGAAUACAGACUGAACGUGAUGAUGAUGAUGAUGAUGGUCGUGUUUUACUGUACUUCUUGAGAGUGUCAGACAGUGCGAAUGUUUGUGAGUAAUACAAGGAAUUUUCUUUUUUUUGUACAUACGUAUAUAUAUAUAUAUAUAUUAUUAUUAUUAUUAUUAUCAAUACCGACGGAGAGAAAGAAGAUAUGAAUGUGUACAGAGGCAGCUAUGAAAUAUAAGAAAAAAUGAUAACGCUCGAGAUAGUUAAACGGUAUGAGAACUUCGUGUACAGUACCGAGCAUGGUAGGCUUUCUUACAGAAAAUGGCGAUGUAGGGAUGGAGAAUCCCCUCGAUGAUGUACUGUGAGCCAACGAUGCUUGGUGUUGCGCAUCGUACCUCAAAAUCUCCUAUGUAGGUAGAGCUUAGGUACUAACGUACUUAAUUCUGCGAUCCUCGAAAGAAUUAUAUUGAAACCGACGGGUGAAAAUCAACGUGCAUACACAUAUUUGGGAGCAAUUCUUAAUUUUCGUUUGUAUAAAACGAACAAGCCAUUUCUUUCAACGAUCGAGACAUCGAUCGUGCAUUGUAUUUAACCAGAAGUUUAUUUGAUAGACGUUGCAUUUCGACAGUUUUUAAAUGCUGUGUGGACCAUUCAGAGUUUCGUAAUCGUUCAUUUCAUUUGAAACAUCUUUAUAAUUCUACCAAAGGGGAUGAGGUUUAGUUCAAAAGCAAAAGGAUAUAUUGUAUGUAUAAAAUUAAAAAGAGGUAUACAAGGUGUUUCAAAAAAGUAUCUACAACGUGAGAAUCGUGAACUCUUCGCGGUACAGGAGGAAUUGAAAAUGUUCAUUACCAUUUUCGAGCAUCAAUUUUUAUCUUAAAAACAAUAUUUCAAAUCGGAAGAAGAAUUUCUCGAUUUCUUUUGACACGAAGUAUUUGUAACUUUCAUGGUGUAGAUCCUUUUUCGAGACACCCUGUAUAUAUACAUAUAUAUUACGGCAAUUAUACGCAACUAUUACAAGUAAGAAAAUGAUCUUGAUUAAGGAUAAAAAUUUGUUACUCGAGGAAGGUAAAUUUAAUCACGACCGCGUUGUCAGACCAAUGAUUAUUAUUUAUUGACCUAUCGUUUAAAUUUUUAAACGUUAUCCGCAGCUAUGAUUCCACCGCAACAAAAGAAAUGAAAAAGAAAAAAAAGAAUGGUACAUAUAGGUACAUUUAUGUAUUUUUACUAUUUGCUAACCGACUUUAUUUUGGUUACAUACGAAAUCAACAGACGGACUACUUAAUAAUAAUAGAUAUAAGUAUCGCAUAGUUUAGCGAGUAAAUGAAUUGACUCUAGUGAAGAUGAAGGAAAAAAAAGAAAGAACAUUGCUCUGCUUCUAGGGCGAAUAUAUGUGCAUGUUUGCUGACGUUUACUGCAGCAACAAAGCACGAUAGUUAAAAAAAAAAGAUAUGAAAUAUUUUUACUGUGAUGAUAAUAAUGUUUAUACAAUGAUCAAAUACUAUGAACUGUACGAUAAUGAUUGUAAUAUUUACUUUCCAAUGUUUUGUUUUUUUUUUUUUUUUUUUUUUUUUUU